GGGCGCGGGGCGGGUCGGCGCCUUUGUGUGAGCCGGGCCGGGAUGGUGCGGGGCGCCGGGCGGAGCCCCUUGCCCUGCCAGAUCCUGCUCCCACCACGGAUGAAAGCGUGAAGGCCGAGCUGACCAGGAGAAGGGACUCUUAAGCAGCUGCUAAGAUGGGCAUGAGGAUCAAGCUGCACAGCACCAACCACCCCAACAACCUGCUGAAGGAACUCAACAAGUGCCGGCUCUCCGAGACCAUGUGCGACGUCACCAUCCUGGUGGGCUCCCGCUCCUUUGCCGCGCACAAGGCCGUGCUGGCCUGCGCCGCCGGCUACUUCCAGAACCUCUUCCUCAACACGGGGCUGGACGCUGCCAGGACCUACGUGGUGGAUUUCAUCACGCCAGCCAACUUUGAGAAGAUCCUGAGCUUUGUGUACACCUCAGAGCUCUUCACUGACCUCAUCAAUGUGGGCGUCAUCUACGAGGUGGCGGAGAGGCUGGGCAUGGAGGAUCUGCUGCAGGCCUGUCACUCCACCUUCCCCGACCUGGAGAGCUCGGCCAUCACCAAGCAGCCUGCCCUGGCUGUGGGGGAAGGCCGGGCUGGGCCGCUGAGCAGCACCUCCUCAGAGCAGAGCCACUCUUUGGGAGACAUCCGGAGCGGCGCGGAGCACUUCGGCCCUGAGCGGAAUUACCUCCUGCACGGGGACAUGGCAGGAAGCUACAAAGAGGAUGACAGGAAUCCUGUGGGUGAGGCCAGCCAGGCUCUUCCCCUGAUGCACCCACAGCAGCCUCCCAAGACAGAGCAGGAGUCGGAUCCGGGGCAGUUCGCUCCGGUUGCGGGUCUGGGGGUCCAGCCCAGCAGUAAUGUUGUGGCACAGACCACGGGCAGCUCCUGCCCUCAGUACAAGGCCCAGAGCAAUGGUGACUACAGCAAGGGCGGCUUCUUCCCCACUGACCCCUCCCUGGAUGUCUCCACGGGGAGCAACUCCUGCCCCAGCAACAGCGACCACUCCAAAGAGCAGGGAUUUGAGCAGAUGGAUGAGCUCCAACUGGAGGAUCUGGGAGAGGCCGAGCUGCAUUUUGAGGAUGCUGGAGAAGAGCUGGUCCCGCCUGAGGAAGUGAUUGAGCUGAGUGAUGACAGCGAGGAGGAACUGGCCUUUGAGAGUGACAGCCGGGACAGCAAGGCCAUGCCCUGCCAGGUGUGCAAGAAGGUGCUGGAGCCCAACAUCCAGCUGAUCCGCCAGCACGCCAGGGACCACGUGGACCUGCUCACUGGGAACUGCAAAGUGUGUGAGACCCACUUCCAGGACCGCAACUCCAGGGUGACUCACGUGCUGUCCCACAUCGGCAUCUUCCUCUUCUCCUGUGACAUGUGCGAGACCAAGUUCUUCACCCAGUGGCAGCUGACGCUGCACCGGCGGGAUGGGGUCUUCGACAACAACGUCAUUGUCCACCCCAGUGACCCCCUGCCAGGGAAAGUGGCCGUGUUUGGGGGAGGGCCCGGCCCCGAGCUGGCUUGUGCUGCCUGUGGGAAACCUUUGGCCAAAGAUUUCCACACGGUCCGGAACCACCUGCUGGAGCACGUGAACCUGAAGAGCCAGACGUGCGGUGUGUGCGACCAGCGGCACCUGAGCCUCUGCAGCCUGAUGUGGCACGCCCUGUCCCACCUGGGCAUCUCCAUCUUCUCCUGCUCCGUGUGCGCCAGCAGCUUCGUGGACCGGCAGCUCCUGGAGAAGCACCUGGCCGUGCACCAGCAUGUGGAGGAGGCUCUUUUCCAGUGCCACUUCUGCAGCCAGAGCUUCAAGCUGGAAGCUGCCUAUCGCUACCACGUCAGCCAGCACAAAUGCGGGGGCAGCCUGGACAUCCGGGCGGGAUUUGGGGAGCGCCUGCAGCCACAGGGGCUGCCCAAGAGGAAGCUGCCUGAGGAGUUCCUGAGCGAAGAGCUGGCGCUGCAGAGCCAGCCGGGGAACAGCAAGUACAGCUGCAAGGUGUGUGGCAAGAGGUUUGCCCACACCAGCGAGUUCAACUACCACCGGCGCAUCCACACCGGGGAGAAGCCGUACCAGUGCAAGGUGUGCCACAAGUUCUUCCGAGGGCGCUCCACCAUCAAGUGCCACCUGCGGACGCACUCGGGGGCCCUCAUGUAUCGCUGCACCGUUUGUGGCCACUACAGCUCCACGCUCAACCUCAUGAGCAAGCACAUAGGGGUGCACAAGGGCAGCCUCCCGCCCGACUUCACCAUCGAACAGACUUUCAUGUACAUCAUCCAUUCCAAAGAGGCCGAGAAAAACACGGAUAGCUGAUGGGGCAGGGCGCCGGCGGAGGAGAGAGUGUUAAUGGUGGAAGCUGUGGAGGAAAAAAAGGAGGAAAAAAAAAAAAAAAGUUUUUAUUUAAUGGUCAGGCAUCAUGGAUGGAAUACUUUUUUGGUUUUGGUUUAAUUUUUAUUUUUUUGGGGCCUUCCUAGGGCUUUCUAGAUUGGUGGCGUUGUACAAAUUAACAGCACGUGAGGUACAUCACUGUUACAAGGAGUCUGUCGUGUUUACUUACCUCUGGUCCUGUUAGAGGCCAUCGAGUUCUGUGCAUUUAGCAUUUCUCACUAGUUUUUGAGUCUAGAUUCUAUUUUUUUUUUAACCUUUUAGCCCACUUGACCAGGCUAACCCUGAGCUUGUCCACAAACUGAUGCUGCUAAGAUUUUCACACCUGACCUCAGUGGAGAGGGACAGAGCCAGAGCAGGUGCUGGACUCAAAAGGAAAGGAACAAAAGAGAAAAGAGAAAAAGGAAAAAAAAAAAAAAAGACAUUCUGGGCAUCCCUGGUGUUCUGCUGCUACUGCCAGGAGACGGGCAAAGUGUGCUCUGGGAUCAACCAUUGCUGCAUUGCUGGGAAGAGGAGCAGGAAGCACCUGAGUGUGUAAACAAGGAGGGGUCCCAGCAGGGAACCAGGAGCAGGGGAUUCACAGAUUCCCAGGCCGUGUUUUCUCUGCUGUGGCUGGGACUCACUCGUGCCCUGAGAGGAAGAGAUGAAGGAGCCACAUGAUGUCCCUGCAGAGCCCGAGUGGAGGUGGCUACGUGAGCACAGGCAUCUCACAUAGGACUGGAGAGGGAAGGAAGCAGCUCCCUGCUCCCUGGGAGGUUUUUUGUGGUGGCCACAGGGAUCCAGGAGUCUCCUGGCUCUGCUCUGCCCCAGCCUCACUCUGUGCCCUGGGCAGAUGAGUCAGGAUGAAGCUGUUGCCUUAACUCCCUGGAAGGAGGAGGGACCCUUCUCCUGCCAAAGGGAUCCCCCCUCCCACGCCCUGGAUCUCCACAUCCUGGAUGUCUUCUGGUGGCAGAUGUGUGUGGUUGGAGUGAUGUGAUUUGUUCAUGGAGUGGGAGGACAGUGAUGGCUUGGCCUCUCAGGCUGUGUGCUGAGCAUUUCUGGGGACUCCCUUGGGUGUGGGGGGCUCUCCUGGCCAUGGAGGGGGCUCUCCUGGCCAUGGGUGGCUCUCCCCCUCUACAUUUCAGUGGCCCAUUUCAGAGGCUCUUCUGGGCAUGGGGAACUCUCCUGCACAUGUGUCAGGCUCUCCUGGGCACAGUGAGCUCUCCUGGGCACAGGGGUCUCUCCUGGCCCUGUGUCAGCUCCACCUCAGCAUGGGGGGCUUUCCUGGCCACUCCUGGGGGUCUCUCCUGGCCACCCUGGCGAGCUCAGCUGGUGCCAACAGCGUUAACACUGGGAAGGGAUGGAUUAGCUGCUCCCUGUGUUAUCCAGCUGUAGGGAAGAGGUGGGGAGGAACAGAUUAUUUCCAAGCUGGGACUGCCCUCGGGUAACUCAUUCUACCUCACAAACAAGGAAGUGCUCGGGGCUCUCCAGCCUUGGUGGUCGUGGAUCGGCUCCUGCGCUUCUGUCAAGUUUUGCUGUUACAAAACUAAACUUAACUAGUGAUUUGCAAACCCUGGAAACUCACCCCACUGCCCCCUUCCCUGCAAAGGGACACCCAGGAAGGGCCAUCCUGCAGUGGGGACUGGACUCUGAGAGCUCAGAGCACCCAGGGUCUCUCUUCUGGCUCUGCUGUGGCCUUGGGCAAGUCACUUCACCUCUUUGCCUCAGUUUCCUCAUCUGUAAAAUGAGGGUGGUACCUGCCGUGGUACUGACCUACCUCCAGGAGCAGGGAGGGGGCUGGAGCUUGGCUUUGGAGGAAGGGAGGCACCAGAGCCAAGGUCAGCUCUGGCUUGGCCUGGCUGCUGCAGCUCUGACUUCUGAAUUCCAGCCUCGAGGUCCUGGGAUCACUGUGGAGCUGUGUUGAGCUGUGUUGGGUUUUACAAGAAAAAGGGUACAGUAGUUUCACGAAUACAAGCCGCACGGAUUAUAAGCCGCACCCCCGGUGCCUCGACA